UGGUCGGUUCCCGGAGUGCCUUGCGGUUGUGAUGGCUGCCUCUGGCGGGCGCGGAACUCAGCUUCUCCGAGUGGCGAUAGGGGUCUGGCAGCUGGGCUCCAACGCCGCGAACCACCGGGUGACCCGGCUUCUCUCGCUCUUGGGCUGUCCGCGGAGGUGCGUGUCCUGUCUCACAGGCGCCGCUUUCUCUGGUCCCCGCCUGGUCUCGGCCCCUCGCCGUUAUGGCCAAGGCUCGGCCCUGGACCGCUUCCUCGGACUUGCUCAGCCCGACAGUUCGCUGACUCCUUGCGUCCCCGCCGUGUCCAUGCACAGAGAUGAGCAGGAUCUCCUCUUGGUCCAUCGCCCCAACAUGCCUGAGAACCCCCGGGUCCUGCGGGUGGUCCUCCUAGGAGCCCCAAAUGCAGGGAAAUCAACACUCUCCAACCAGCUGCUGGGCCGAAAAGUGUUCCCUGUCUCCAAGAAGGUGCACACCACUCGCUGCCAAGCCUUGGGGGUCAUCACAGAGGAGGAGGUCCAGGUGAUUCUGCUUGACACACCUGGACUCAUCAGCCCCAGGAAACAGAAGAGGCACCACUUGGAGCUCUCUUUGCUAGAAGAUCCAUGGAAGAGCAUGGAAUCUGCAGAUCUAGUUGUGGUUCUUGUGGAUGUCUCAGACAAGUGGACUCGGAAACAACUUAGCCCCCAGGUGAUCCAGUGCUUGACCCAGUUCUCCCAGGUCCCCAGCAUCCUGGUCAUGAACAAGGUAGAUUGUCUGAAACAGAAGUCAGUUCUCCUGGAGCUCACGGCAGCCCUCACUGAAGGUGUGGUCAACGGCAAGAAGCUCACGAUGAGACAGGCCUUCCGCUCACACCCUAGCACUCAUUGUACCAGCCCAGUACCUAAGGGCCCAGAUACACAGUCUAUGGAAGGCUGUCAGAGGAUUGGCUGGCCCCACUUCCAGGAGAUCUUCAUGUUGUCAGCCCUAAGCCAGGAAGAUGUAAAAACACUAAAGCAAUACCUCCUGUCACAGGCCCGGCCUGGGCCCUGGGAGUUCCACAGUGAAGUCCUCACUAGCCAGACGCCUGAGGAGAUCUGCACCAACAUCAUCCGGGAGAAGCUCCUAGAGUACCUGCCCCAGGAGGUGCCCUACAAUGUACAGCAGAGGUUGGAGGUGUGGGAGGAAGGGCCAAGUGGGGAGCUGGUGAUCCUACAGAAGCUUCUGGUGCCCAAAGAAUCUCAUAUGAGAAUCCUGAUUGGUCAGAAGGGGCACCUGAUUGCCCAGAUCGCACAGGAAGUGGGCCGAGACCUCAUGGACAUCUUCCUCUGUGAUGUGAAGCUCCGCCUAUCUGUGAAGCUCCUCAAGUGACCACCUCUACUGCUCCUCCCAGGGCAUUCAGCCUAAUUGCUAGUAGGAGCCACUGGCCAGGCCUCCCCUACCUAGGGGCCUGUAGGGACUGGUGAGGGGCAUGGACAUUGACUGAUUGCUAGCUGGCCUGGUAUUGCCAAGUCUGCACAGCCGUGUCUCUAUUUGGAGAAAGGAAUCAACCUUAGCUCAGUUCCCAGGUAGUUCUGCCUGGGGCCACAUCUACAUAAGCCUCAGAAGUUGCCCCCUUGGUGGAAGCAGUGCCACCCUGCCUCCAGCUGGCAUUGAGCCCACAGUUUCUCCCUGAGUUGCCAGUUGUUAGCAGGGAGGAGAUCUUUCUCCUCUCUCCUUAUUUCCUCCACCUCAAAGCAAUGUAAGAACCCAUGUGUCAAGUGCCUCCCUCCUGCACCCUAAGUCCUUGCUCCCUACCACCCCAUCCUUCUCCCCUGUCUUGGAUGCUAAUAAAGUCAAAGGAGAAUAAU